AUGUCCGACAUGCCAUAUGAAAUUGGUCUGCUUUACAGCGGCACACCUCUUAUGUACCCCGUCAUGUCGUCACUCCUCACAUGGAAGCACCAGGAGAAUAAAACCGUCGCCGAUCAUUUCAAUAUGACUACAACCAAAAAUCCGAACUCUUCGUUUACUCUUUCGGGGGAAAUGCAUAGCAACCUAGCCCCAUAUGACGGAAGCGCAUCCUGGCCUUUGAAAAUCGACAUGAUUCCGUGCAACAUAUCCGAGGAAUACGGUAAUUGGAGUAUGAACGUCCCCCAAGCGGAAUGGUGGGAUACGGAAGGCUGGGACGAGUUCGUUCUACCGAAUGUGACGGUGGAUUUUGAUGCACACACGUCUAAUCUGACCAUGGAUGGGGAUUUCAGAGCGUCUCCAUUCAUGCGGUCAAAUGUGUCGCGCUAUUGGUGGGGUGACAUGCUUUCUGCCGAAACUAUCCAAGGUCCUAUUCAAAUCCGCUUUAGUGGUGUUUUGGAUGCUUAUAAUUCGGAUAUACUCGAUGUCAAUUCCACAGAACCGGCAUGGCUACGGACUGUUGGGUUUGGGAACAAUUCCUUGAAUAUUGCGGAUUCAUCGAAUCGUGGGCACAGUCUUCGAUCUACUCUGUGGGGUGCUCUUGUGGCUCCUUUAUUGUUGGUAUCGUUGUUUAUGCAUAGAUGA